AUGCUUCUUGACGGGCCAAUUAAAGCUAUUCUAGCGCACAAGAAUCCAACACUGGACACCUCACGUCAGGACAAGAGUACAAUCCGAGAAGACAAUGAGUACUAUCCACUUUCACCCUCGUACAUUGUCCCAUGGGACGAUUUUACCUAUGAAAACAUAGCUUCCGCUCUUAACGAUGUCUUGGAGGAUCCCAAAAACAUCACCGUUGACGUCUUGCAAAAUCCAGGCGGACUUUCCAUUGAGAUCGAAUCUGAACAGUCUAUUCAAGAGCUUAUAGCUACUUGGAAUGCUUCUAUAUGCCACCAGCCGUUAAGUUUGGCUGCACCGCAACUACAACAGAAUCUUGGUCUCCUAGCCCAUCCGAUUGCGAUUCAGGCACCUGGGAAGGAAAUCCAUCAUGAUCGCCACGAAUACGCACCUGGCUUGUCUAUUCAUCUACUGGAUGAUGCACAGACACCGUUAGUCUGGGGUCACUGCGUGCGGAGUACGACAUGGAUGAGUGAUCACAGUGAGCUUCCCAGGCGGCACGUUAACACGUGGACUCUACCAUUCCAGCAAGUGCUCACGUACUGUGUUGCAACAAACACCAGAUACGGCUGUAUCUUGACUCCGGAGGAGCUUGUUAUUCUACGCUUUUACCAAACCCCAUCAGAUGGCGAGCCUGCGUGGGGUGCUGAGUACAAGUCCAUUCCAUGGGCUGACUCGGGGCCUAACAAGCUCACUGCUAACCUUGGAAUCUGGGCCAUGGGCAUGAUGGCUUUGAAUAACAAACAUCGCGCCAUUUCGGGCAGAGAAGACACUUUGCCGUUGAACGUAUGGUUUAGACAACAGAAUGUCGAUGGAUCGAACGUCUUUGUGCACCAUUUGACCUCACAAGUUGCAGAUAGAGCUCCUCGACAAGCAGCUAUUCGGUCCUAG